AUGUAUCCCAUAAAAAGCAUCUCAAAGUUUGUGAUGCCUUCAAUAAGGACUGCAUAUGCACCAAAGAGAUCUCAGAGGACUCAAAGUCUCCAUAAAUUCAACACAAAACAAGUUUCUUCCAUCCAAAAGCUUGUGCAAGAAACUUCUUGCAUCAAUCAACCAUCAGCCAUCAAGGAGGCUCCCUUCGAUGUUACCACCACAGUCAAAGCUAAACUGUGCACUCCCUGCCCUUACCCAACAACCUACAUCCCGACCCCCCACCAAUACACCACCGAGCAAUACGCCGAACUAUCCCUUUACUUCGAAAACCGCGUCAAAACCCUCUGGCGCAGAAUCUGGUUUGGCCUAUACCAGGCCGAAGACGAAGAGGAAGUCACGCACGCCACUAGGAUCCGAAAACUGUAUGCAGGCGCAGGUAUGGCAGAUUUACUCCGUAAGCCCAAUUACCAAGACACGACCAUUUACUUUCGCGGGUAUUGGGAGUUUAUUGGUUUGGGACGGCUGUCGGAGGUGCUCGUUGAAUCUGGGCCCACCGACUGCUGGCCUGUAAUCGGCCGGUUGAAGAUGUACGACGGUAUCGCGUUGGAUAAUCUGCAGUACAUUUCCAUUAUUUUGAAAGAGUAUGAGCAACAAGUCGACAAGCUAUCGGAACUCUACCAGUUCUUGGAAAAACUGCAGAUUCCGGACCCUUAUUACUAUGGACAGCCAACAGACGAACAUGUGAAAUUGGUGAUGCGUGGGUUUCGUGAACGCGCGGGUAGGGUUGCGCUGAGUUUGGUGGAUUUGGAUGCUCAGAUGGGCGCUAUCCAGAGGAGUAUCAAUAAAGAGGCGUUGAUGUUGCAUGGUCGUCUCGAGGGGGUUGAGAUGCUGCAUUUUAAGAAGGAGGUUCUUAAGCCUUGA